CUAACAGAACAUAACACAUACAGAACGGAACGGCUCUCUCUUCUCUUUCGCUUCUCUACUCUCUCUCUCUCGAGUCUCGACUCUCUUCUCUCAAUUCUCUCACUCUCUCGAGUCUCGACUCUCUUCUCUCAAUUCUCUCACUGUGCGGCUCUCAAACUCAAUAUCACAAAUAAAAAGAAUAUCGUCUAUAACAAAUAAAGAAGGGCCCCUUUUCUUCUUUUCGCCUAGGGCCCCUGAAAUGUUAUAUAUAGAUUUUAUUUCCUAAUCCAGAUCCAAAUAACUAAAGAAACAUAAAACUCUGAUUUGGUUCAUUCUCGUUCAAAUUGGGCGAAAUAAUAUUGGAGAAAUUGCAGAUUUUAGAUGAGGCUGUUGCAGCUGGCCUUUUUGGUUGCUUUAGCCUCUGGGAUUGGAGCUCUUCUGGUUUACAUAACUGGUGUUUCCAAUUUUGAUGGGCCGCCUCGUCUUUCCAGUGAUGAUCUGGAGGCAUUGAGAUCUUUACAGAGUCAUUUCGGCAAGUGUGUGAGUGAAAAUGGAUUAGGUUUACAAGCUGUAAGGGGUAGGGAUGAUUGUGAGGUUUCAAUGCAGUUCCCCAGGGACACUGUCCCGAAAUGGAAAGAUCCCAAAUCGGGAGAACUUGAAGGCUUGACUUUUGAUUUCAAUCUCUGUGAAGCAGUAGCUACAUGGGAGCAGGUGCGAAAUAGUACUGCUGUUCUGACUCGAGAAUACAUUGAUGCUUUGCCAAAUGGAUGGAGAGAAUAUGCUUGGCGGAGGAUCAACAAGGGAGCGCUACUGAACCAAUGUGAGAAUAAAACUCUGUGCAUGGAGAAACUCUCACUGGUGCUUCCGGACAAUCCUCCUUAUACACCAAGGCAAUUUAGCCGAUGUGCUGUCAUUGGUAACUCAGGUGAUCUUCUAAGAACCAAGUUUGGAGAAGAAAUAGAUAGCUAUGAUGCUGUUUUCAGAGAGAACGGAGCGCCUAUAGAGAAUUUUACAGAAUAUGUUGGUACAAGAAGCACGUUUCGCCUCCUCAACAGGGGUUCUGCCAAAGCUCUUGAUAAAGUCGCAGAAUUGUAUGACAAGGGAAAGGAGGUCUUGAUCGUCAAAACAACAAUCCACGAUAUCAUGAACAAGAUGAUCCGGGAAGUUCCCAUACUAAAUCCAGUUUAUCUGAUGCUAGGAGCAUCUUUUGGUUCAGCUGCAAAAGGCACCGGACUAAAGGCUCUUGAAUUCGCUCUCUCCAUUUGUGACACUGUUGAUAUGUAUGGUUUUACCGUUGAUCCUGGCUAUAAAGAAUGGACUAGGUAUUUUUCAGAAUCUCGACAAGGACAUACCCCUCUGCAGGGUCGGGCAUACUAUCAAAUGAUGGAAUGUCUUGGACUUAUAAAAAUCCACUCUCCAAUGCGAUCUGAUCGAAAUCGGAUUGUGAAGUCGGUACCAAGCCGCAUCUUAAUUACAGCAGCCCGAAUCGCAUCAGAGAAGUUGUUGAGGAGGGUUGGAGCUGGAUCUUCAGAUCCCUUAGCCACAUGCUCCAUCAUUGCAAAGCAAAUCAGGGGCAAGUCAGCGCAAAAAUCCAGCUCAAGAAAAGCUGCUGUCGAGCAUCAAAAAUAUGUGAAAGGUACGAGAAUGUAUCCUCUGGAGCACCACCCUAGGCAUGGCCAGCUCUGCACAGUUCCGUCCAGGUAAAACUUACGAAGAGAAUUGCACACAGCUUUUCAACAUUAUUGAUCGAGAGAAGAAGAAAAAAAAAAGGUCAUUUUUUGUAGCUUUUAAAAUGAUCCCUUGUUCUGUGAUGGUUUAACCCCAAGCGGCUUGUCGUGCCUGAGACGCGAUUAUCCGCACUAACAGAUUUGAAUAGACGGAAGAGAUUUCAUGUCUGUAUAAUCUUGUUCAGAUAGGACUCAUCAAACAACAUGAUUUUGCUCUGUUUUGGUCUUGUUUUCUGCUCAAUACCUUGAAUAUUAUUCGUUGUAGAAAAGCCAUUUGAUUCAUCAUGCCUUGUGUUGUAAUUUUGAUUUUUGACAUUCAUAUUUGAGUACGUGAAUAGAAUGCUGUUGGGUUAAUAUUGACAGAAAA